AAACAAGCAGCCAGAAAACGCACAGCCAUAUAGAACCAAAGAGAGAGGAGAGUUCUGGGAUGUGGACUGGAGUUUUGGAUGGGCACAAAAGAACCUCUAGAUAGCUCAAUGGGGUAGCCGUACAGACCCAUUUGGUUCCCAGGAUAAACAUAAACACAAUGAAGUGCAUCAAGAGGCCAAGAGGGAAGCCAUACCAGUGACAUUUUGAGUAUGUGACAGUGACAUGGUGAGAAGCUGACCAUGGGUGACUGGAACCUGCUGGGCAGCAUCCUAGAAGAGGUCCAUAUACAUUCCACCAUUGUGGGAAAGAUCUGGCUUACUAUACUCUUCAUCUUUCGCAUGCUUAUUCUGGGAGCAGCUGCUGAGGAUGUAUGGGAUGAUGAGCAGUCAGAGUUUGUCUGCAAUACUGACCAACCAGGCUGUAAGGCAGUCUGCUACGAUCGUGCUUUCCCCAUUUCCCUAAUUCGCUUCUGGGUCUUGCAAGUGAUUUUUGUGUCUGCGCCUUCACUCGUCUACAUGGGCCAUGCUCUUUACUGCAUUAGUUCAUUGGAGAAGGAACGUCACCGACGACGGGCCCAGCUAAAGGAGGAGCUUGAUGAGGCUGAGUUGGCGUUGGAUGAACAAAAGCGGGUGGAAAGAGAGCUGAGGAGAUUGGAAGAGCAGAAGAAGGUGAAGAAGGCACCUCUGAGAGGCUCUCUAUUGAGAACAUACAUCAUCCAUAUCCUUACACGCUCCGUGGUGGAGAUCUGCUUCAUCCUGGGCCAGUAUAUACUAUAUGGUGUCCAGCUGGAGCCACUCUAUAAGUGUGAGAGACUGCCUUGCCCCAACAGCGUAGACUGUUACAUCUCUAGGCCCACAGAGAAGACGAUAUUUAUGGUCUUCAUGAUUGCCAUCGCUGGUGUCUCACUUUUCCUAAACAUUCUAGAAAUAUCCCACUUAGGUAUCAGGAAAAUCAAACAGGUGUUGUAUGCAGAGAGGUACACAGAAGAUGACAGUUUGAUUUACAAGUCCAAGAGGAAGUCAUCCUUACCACAUCUCUGUGUAACAAGCAAUGUAUCACCUCACGAUGGGCCUUUGACUCAAACCUUCAAAGUGAUUCCAGGGGCGGACCUGAAACCGAGUCAUUACAACAGUGGGCUCAAAGCCAACCAGGACACACCAAGACACAACAGCUUGGCUCAUGUGGGGCACAGUCAAACCAUCUAUAUCUAUCCCCAAGCAAGGAAUCCACCCACGUCUGCCCUGAGCUGUGCAAUCCAAGCUCCCCAAACUAGUGAGGGUUCAGAGGUCCCCACAAACCUGGACCUCAAUCAAGCCUGGAUCCCUGUCAUGUCCACUGCAGAUGGGACUCAAACAAGCCACAAGGACAUUCAUGAGGAAGACCAUCCUCACCCCAGUCAUUUGGAAGCUCUGCUGGCCAGUAGCAACGUCAGGCCCAGAGCUAUUCCAAAUCUUAAUGAAAAUGAAAGAAGGGAGUCAAUGGGGAGCGAGUUCCUGAUCCCCAACACUAGGAAGACUAGCUUUAUGAUCAGGCCGCCAUCUGAGAGCUUGUCGUCCAUGACUGGCUCCACAAGUCCCUCCUUACAUACAUCAGAAGAGUCAGAUGAACUGGGGUCCUUGCAGGGAGACAUGCCGAUGAUGCCACCAGCCGGAGGCCGAAGAAUGUCAAUGAGUAUGUUUCUGGAUAUCUCCUCAAUCAUGAAGAAGUGAAGAGACAAGGCUAAUGUCAUGGCUGUAAGAGCUGUUGUCCACAACCCAGCUAGGUCACAAACAAGGGAGAAACUGUAUCAAUGAUCCAGCCAUCAACAUUGAUCCACUCAAGUCACAUGUGGCCCAAACCACUCAGCCAUGAUGAGGCAGCAGACUCAGUGCCAAAGCACCUUACAAUGUCUACAUGUUCACAUUAAUAGAAAAGGAUUUUUUGAAAAUGGACAUCUUUCAGUGUGUUGGCCAAAUUUUUGAUAAAUUUUAAGCAAAAAACAAAAAAAAUUAUUAAUCAUGGAGCAUUGCGCUUAAGAGGAUCUGUUUGUUUCUGUAACAUGGACUUUAUAAGCUUAAAUACCUUUUCUAAGUCAAAGACUUCAUUAGAGUGUGUGUGUGUUCUGGUUGCUCCUACCUUGGUGGGGACCAAAAUCUGAAAUUUACUGUACUGGUGGGGACCAACAGCCCUCAUGGAGACCAAAAUCCAGGUCCCCACGGGGUUGAAGGCAUUUUUUACACUCAAAAUGUGGUUUUAGUGUCAUGGUUACAGUUAGGUUAUGAUUAGGUUUUGGGUAAGAGUUAGGUUUAGGCAUUCAUCUUUGAUGGUUGGGGUAAGGGUAAGUGGCUAGUGAAAGCAUUAUGUCAAUGGGAUGUCCCCACGAGAAUAGCAACAGCAGACGUGUGUGUGCGUGUGUAGUGCAGUGGAGUGAUUUCAUGUGGAGUUAUACUUUAUAUUGUAUUAAAAUGAAAUAUUUAUUAGCAAAACAAAACAAACAACCCCACAAAAAACUUUUUUCAACAACUAUUUAAACAAAAUACACACAAACACAUACACACCACUAUGGAAUUUCCAUGCUUUUUAUUUUAUUUUUCAACAACGAUUGCCCAGGCAAAAUGUAUGUUUUUCUCAUAUCAAAUAACCAAGGCAUGGCAUUGCACAAUAGUUACAAAAAAACCCUAAACACUGGUCAUUUGAAUAUUCAAAGAUAAAAAAGGAAAUGAAAAAUACUAAAUCUGUUUCUAACAGUCAUGUUGCAGGUAAAAUGAAAAUGUAAAAUGUACAAAUACUAUAAAAAGUUACAAACAAUGCCACAGAAGCUGUCUACUUGUCUGUCUUUACUCAUGAAGAGGUAUGCUGAAGCAUGCAGGUAGAUACAUGUUAAGAGUGUGUUCAACUGUUUAUUUUUGUUAGCUUUGUUUUCUUAAAACAACAAGUUCACAAUCCAAGAUUCAUUCAUCCUGUAAACUGGCUGGAUAAAAUAGGUAACGCUAUUAGUCUGCGAUCAGAUAUCAGAUCACUGAAAACUGGAGGCAUCUGAAACUUUAAUGAAUGUCAGAAAACUCUUCCCAUAUACCCAGUGCUGUGUGCCAAAUAAACACUGUCUUCAAUUUCCUGGUAAUGCUGACAAAUUUAUCUUUCAAAAUAUAACAUUACAUAAAAUAAUUUAAAGCGGCUUUUCAUUUUAUUGUCACAAGUACAAUGAUAUCAUUUUACCAUAGUAACAUAUGCUGCCCCGAUAGUCUCUGGCUUAAAUUUACAUUUGAAAUGGCAUUACAUGCGCUACAUGACUUUUUCUGAAAAUAUUUAUCAAAAAGACUACUAGACAUUCUACAAAUGUUGUACCCUGACAUUUGGAUUUCUAAAAUUCAGACCACCAAAUGAUACCUUUUACUUCACUGAAGUGAAUCCUUCAAUUAAACCAAAAUCUUGUUAAAUUUACAGUCAAAACAAGGCACAGAAUCACUGCAUGAAGUUUCUUCAUGACUGCACAAAGUGCAUGUGGUGAACAGGAGUGAAAAAAUAUGGCAACAUAAUUCUAUGAUAUGACGUUUUCCAGUUUUACAGCAGUUUUAUAUCACUCCUUUAUUAAAAUUAGGGAUUAAAUAUUCCAAAAUGUACAACAAAAUUUUAAUGUUGACUCAAAGGCAAGUGUAGGUGAUAUUAUGAUCGCACACACUACAUUCCCAAAAAAUAUCAAAACCCAAAAUAUUUAUCACAUAUCUUUGCAAUUAGUGUUUUUCCCCUCACAAGACCUUUUCUUUUAGAAACCAGACAUAAAAUAGGUGGGUGUAACUGGGUUAAGCAUUUUAUAUUGACCUCUUUAAAAUUUGAAGGUGUUUUGUAACUGGGAAAGUGAAUAUUCUGUGAGAAACAGUGUUGUAAGCUCAUCAACAAAUAUGGAUCAGAUUAAUUAGAUCAAGUGUACAUCUCCUUUAUCCAGGAGGACAUUUGAGAAAGCAUUGGGCAUAUGAAAAAAACCAACACACACAAAGGAAAAGAAGUUAUAGCACAUAAUCUUAUAGAUAAAUACAAAUAAAAACAAUGAUAGAUGUAUGAUACUGUGAGAUAACCCAACACAUUUUCAAAACAAAGUGUUUUUAAUGUUCAAAAGAUCUAUUUAUUUCAAGUAAUUUUUCCAUUUCAGCACUUUUAUACAAACCAUGCAUGUUCUGUGAUUAUUCCACAUUUUCAUAACAAUGUUUUCCAGUUUAAUGAUGUUUCUUAAUUACAUAACUUUUUAAUAUAUUGAUUGCUGGCUCUCAAUAUUUUCAGAGGGGAGGAUGUCACAAAUGGAAGGUUCAUCAAUAAUGAAACAAAAUGCCUGAAAUAAACUUAUGGAAAUUCUACUACUGGACCCUGGUGAUGACAAAAUUUGAUUGCCUUGUUUUGUGACACUUACAGUGCAGUUUUUUAUAAGAGCAGUGGAAUUUCCAGUGAAUAAAAUAUUACUUUGAUGGUUAUGUCUAUACCCUCUGGCAGCACCAGUUAGAAUCCUACUCUUAUCACAAAGCCUUGAAACUUUUAACCAAUCUAAAUAAAACAUCAUCAUUUCCAUUAAAAUGAACUAUCUGUGUUAAUUUUAUCACUACAGUUAAAAGACCAUUUACUACACUACAUUGUAACUGACUCACACCUCUUUAUGUUAAAAUAUUACAACUUAAAAGUACGAGUGACUUGCAAAUAAAGAACAGUGUGUGUGGCAAUAGUGAGUGAGGGACCAGCUCAUGUAAUUGCCUGUCAUUCUCAUGUGUUAAAGCUGGCAUGUCAAGCUCACAUCCUAUCCAUUAAGAGUACUUUUUGAAUUUAAAUAUCCUAUCGUCUUUACCACACUAAUAGCUUCACAUUUACAUAAUCACGCAGGGAAGUUUUGACUCUUUAUUUCCUGGGUUGAUAUCUGAGAAUAAAGAUGAGUGUAAUAUUAGACUUUCCUGUGCUAAAAGUGGCACAACCCACAUUAAAAUGCCAUGGGCAUGCUCUAUCAUAAUGCUCACUGUGUAGCAGCAACAACACAGACACCAGCAGCACUCACCCCUGCCACGUGCCUCACCAUUGACAUUUCAACAGAUGAAUCUGGCAUCCCUUUAAAUCAAUAUGUGCCAGUGUGCUUGAAACUUUGAAUCACCAUGCAGUAUUACAGAUACUGAUGCGUAUGUAGAAAUUCACUAUUUGCUUCGAGUUUCAGCACAUUGAAAUCAUUUGUUAAUUUGAAACUGAACAUGCUGCACUGAAUACUUUUCAGCACAGUUGUCUUAUGAACAAUGCAA